GAAAUCAUUGACCAGUUACUUUAUGCUUUUUUUAAAGUUGGUUGUUACUCCCAGAUUGGCUUACACGAUUUUUUAAAUGAACAUUUGGUUGAGUUGUCAUUAGGAGGAUUUGAUUUUCACAAAAAUGAGCAGAAUCAAAGAAAUUUUACGUCAGAAAGUGUUUUCACAGUAUGAUGAUCCUGACUUGUGGGUAAAAAAUUACUUGACGAAUCCUCCUGUGUCAGAAGAAGAACUAGAACAUCUCAGAUCAGUAAUGCAAAAGGACAGAGCUCUUAAAAAGUCCGACUAUGAACGGAUUGUUGAGUUGGUCAAAGUGUUUCCCAACAAACUACAUCCAGAACUGCUGCACGAUACAAUGUGUCAGAUAAGCUCUAGACUUCCAGCUGUACCUGGAAGUGGUCUUGUCUCAACCUGCAGACCAAUUUUACCCUCCAGGAAUAAGAUUCCUGAUGAAGUAAUACCUGAAAAUCCACGCAGACGAGGAACAAAAUUCUCAAGAUUAUGCCCGAAAUGCUGGCAGAAAUACAAUCCUUUACUCGAAAAUUAUCGGUGUAUUAUUUGUGGUGCUUAUGUUUGUCAACAAUGUGCAUUUAAGGUUCCCAAAAAGAUAUUGGCCGUCAUGUGUAAAGAAUGUUGGGAGAUUGCGAAAUGUUACUGUAAAACAGGCGAUUGGUUCAAUCAAUACGUAGAGUCAAAACUACCCACUCCACUGAAGUUUGACUUUCAAUUUAUUCAGCCUCAAAGUGGUAAUAAUAAGGCGAGCGGUGAGCUGGUUGCACAUUUUGCUGGAAAAUGGGGUGAAAAAAUAAAAGAGAAAUCAAAGUCUUCAAUGUCAUUGCCACUGAGACAAAAUCAUGAAAAUGAUACACGUCUUGACAAGGCUCAAAAUCCCGCUGAGAAAUCAAAGUCUUCAAUGUCAUUGCCACUGAGACAAAAUCAUGAAAAUGAUACACGUCUUGACAAGGCUCAAAAUCCCGCUGUAUCUGAACAAAGUACUCGAGUAAUGAAAAAACGAGGGCGAAAACGAAGAUUUUUACGCCGUAAACUUACUCGAAAUAAGUUUAAGAAUAAAUCAUUGGAAUCGCUUAAAUCAAAUCCCAAAUCUGUUAACGAGAUGAAAACCUUAUCGCACAGCGCUUUGGAGCUGAAUUUUCCUCCUUCAUAUCAACCCAGUGAAUCCUUAGGCAAGCAGGUUAUUCCUAGUAAUUCAGAAGAGACUGGGUUUAUUAAAUUUCGAAAAAAGAGUUUCGACACCAUGGACAGGUUCAAUCGACUCGAAAUAGAUGUAUCCAUGGAAUAUGACGUACAAGAUAAUCAGCUUGCUGUCACAAUAUGGGCCGUACGUAACUUGUCGCAGGAGAAACAAAAGAUAGGUAUCCCAUAUGCUACAGUCCAAUUACUACCAGAUGACACUAAAUACAAUAUAAAACUGUUAAAUCCGCAGAAAUGGAAUGAAGUCGACUCCGAUUUUUGCAAAAGUGUGUGUUUUCCAAUACAUGUAUAUGAUUUAAACAAAAAAAUAAUUUUUAUUCAGCUGUGGUGUAAAAAGGCCAUUAUAUCAAGGAUGACACUAGGUCAAGUUAUUAUACCGGUUGGAGAAUACAAUCUAAACUCAAUACAAAGACAGACGUUCAGAUUACUGAAAGGAGAGAAUCACCUGUCAUAUUUAUCAAUGAGCCCACAUUAUAAUGGUCAAAUUAUUAUUGCGCUUCGUUUUUCUAUUUCUGAAAGUCAAAAAUGUAUGGUGCUAGUGACUGAUGGAGCUAUCGACCUAUGCGGUACACUGGAAGUGUGGAUUAAGAAAGGAAUAAAUCUGUCAUCAAAAUCGAGUAAAGAGAUAACUUCUUAUGUGACUGUGGCACUAACUGAUGAAAACAAUGUUACAGAAAGUCACAAUACAGAUUAUAUACAAAGAACUAAUAAACCAUUGUGGAAUAGUUUACUUAAAUUUCCAGACAAAUAUCUUAGUGAUCUGUCUAAAUUUACAAUGAAGUUAACUAUAUGGAAUCGAUUCAACAGAACUGGCCCUCCAGAACUAUUAGGAUUUGUACAACUGUGCACGAAAGGAGCGGAAUACAAAUUUGAAAACCCCACUGAUGAAGACACUGAUUGUUAUCAGCAGUGUAUAAGAAGACCGAACACAACACUUUGGGAUUCAAUUCAAUCUAAACCGGGAACUUGGGUUCAAGAAACUUUGAACAUACAUCCUCCAAAUUUGUGGUAAUAAAAGCGCACAUCUUACAGACCCCUUGAGAAAAUUCUACAGGCUAUUUUCUUCUUUUUAUUUUUAUGAGUGUAUAACAAAUUUUAUUAUAUUGUUAUCUAAAAAAUAAAAUAAAC